UCCCUAGGUGUCGGAGUACCGAAGCCCACCCCUUUUCUCAUCAUGUCGAAGCGUGGGCGCGCCGGUGCCCAGGGCAACAAGUACCGCAUGACCCUCGGUCUGCCCGUGGCCGCGGUCAUGAACUGCUGCGACAACAGCGGGGCCAAGAACCUGUACAUCAUCUCGGUGUGCGGCAUCAAGGGUCGCCUGAACCGCCUGCCCUCCGCCGGUGUCGGUGACAUGGUGAUGGCCACUGUCCGCAAGGGAAAGCCGGAGCUCAGGAAGAAGGUGAUGCCCGCCGUUGUGGUGAGGCAGCGCAAGGCCUGGAGGCGGAAGGACGGUGUGUUCAUCUACUUCGAGGACAACGGCGGCGUGAUUGUCAACAACAAGGGCGAGAUGAAGGGUUCCGCGAUCAACGGCCCCGUUGCUAAGGAGUGCGCCGACCUGUGGCCCCGUAUCGCCAGCAACGCUGGGUCCAUCGUCUAAGAGCAUAAAUGACGCUCGCAAGAACGCCCACAUGUGUCGUCGACAAAAUGACACCGGCGCGACACACCUCGAUGAAACUGUUUUUACUCCGCUCGCCUGUCUACUGGGUUGAAGUGCAGACAUUGUCCGCGGCUUUGUGUGGAGAGCGUGUUGAGUUCCGUUGAGAAGCGCAGAUGAGAGAGGGCGAGAAAAGGGGGGGGAGCUGCAAUUCUGAAUUUCACAAGGGUUCAGACA